UUCAUACUCAAUAUUCCUGUCACUUGACAAGUACGUAACGAAUUCGUGGAAGCAGAUACAUGCGAUAACUGUACACUUCGUUCGUGUAUUUUCUGUCGACAGUACAGAAGUUAGCCUUCUCGUUAGUCCACAGAAGUUAGUCCUCUUAAUGGUAGUCCUUCAAUAAUUUAAUUUUGUUUGUUAUCAAUUUUUAACAGAUAUAUCAAUUAAAAACAUGGCUGUGGCGGUCAGAACAUUUUCAAAAUUUACAGUCAGAAAUUGUGGAAAUCUGUUACGUUCCCAAGUAAGAUUCAAUUAUACAGAAACUAGAAAAAAUUUAAAGAUUGAUUCCAAUACGAAAGUCAUAUGUCAAGGUUUUACUGGCAAACAAGGAACAUUUCAUAGUCAACAAGCUAUUGAUUAUGGUACUAAAUUAGUAGGAGGUGUUAGUCCUAAAAAAGCUGGUCAAGAGCAUCUUGGGAGACCAGUGUUCAAAACUGUAAAAGAGGCUAAAGAUGCUACUGGUGCUACUGCAACAGUUAUCUAUGUACCUCCACCAGCUGCAGCAGCAGCUAUCAUGGAGGCCAUAGAUGCUGAAAUGCCACUUAUCGUAUGUAUCACAGAAGGUAUUCCACAACACGAUAUGGUCAAAGUAAAAAGGCGACUUUUAGAACAAAACAAAUCUCGUCUUAUCGGGCCAAACUGUCCAGGAAUAAUAGCCCCAGAACAGUGCAAAAUAGGUAUUAUGCCAGGACAUAUACAUCAAAAAGGAAAAGUUGGUAUUGUAUCAAGAUCUGGAACUUUAACGUACGAAGCUGUGAACCAAACAACCCUUGCUGGACUUGGGCAAACACUGUGUGUUGGUAUUGGUGGAGAUCCAUUUAAUGGGACUGACUUUAUUGAUUGCUUAGACGUAUUCCUCAGAGAUCCAGAGUGUGAUGGUAUCAUGAUGAUUGGUGAAAUCGGUGGAAGUGCAGAGGAAUCAGCAGCAGAAUAUUUGAUCGAAAAAAAUACUGGCCCUAAAGUCAAACCAGUUGUAUCAUUUAUUGCUGGUAUUACUGCCCCACCUGGACGAAGAAUGGGUCAUGCUGGCGCAAUUAUUUCAGGAGGAAAAGGUGGCGCGCAAGAUAAAAUUAAUGCACUCGAAAAGGCUGGUGUAAUAGUAACAAGGAGUCCCGCACAAAUGGGAAAUGAACUUUUAAAAGAAAUGACCCGUCUCGGUUUAGUCUGCAAUUAAAAACACGCCACUAUAAAGAUAUGUAGUUUGCCUCAUGUGCAUGUAUCCUCAAAAUAAAUUGAAAGUAAUUCUGCGAUAAUUUAAAAAACGAAAGAAUAUAAUGCAUAAAAACAUGCAAAGUUGUCUGAUUAAAAAAAGGAACUAUGCUCAUUGUUGUAAAAAUUUGUCAAACUAUUUUAUUCCUGAACAUCAAAUUUACAGAAAGGCACUGGAACAUUUUUUUUAAA